GGACCCAGCUCUGUGAGGCGUCUCGCUGUCGGCACCGAGGCUUUGGUCGGCUUACGAGAGCCGAACUCUCGUGGUCAGUACGACAACUACCUGAACACGUCUCUCCGAGUUCAUGUUCCUGGGAUCUCGUUAGAAACUAUCGCGCUACAAAUCUCCAACGCCCUUGUCAACAUUCGACUCCAACACCCUGAGGUCGGAUGCUCCGUCACCUGGGCUACCGACCAAGAUCCUCCCUUCAUUGUCUAUGAUUCACCGAGCUCCGACGAAGUUGCCUUGAGUUGGGGCCGCGGUCUUGUCUCAUCAAUUGCAACGGAUAGAACUGGGCUUGAAGUUGCCGCUGAACUUUCGGAGGCGCGCCAAGAGAGACCUGAGCCGUUACCCCCGGUCAAGGUCUAUGUCUUCAACGCUGGCGACCAGAAUCUAGCAAACAGUCCUUUCCAUCAUCCUUGGGGCAAGAAAAUUGCCAACCUCAACGAGCCGGUCCUCGAUGCAUGCAAAACCAACGUGGAUGCAUCAGGAGAAGAUUAUGACAAGGCACGAGAUGACUUCAUCACCGAGUUGCUCAGAAGUGCGAGAACCUUUACUACAGACGAAAGUCAGGCCAUCUCGAAGGCCAUAAAGAGUCAGCUCGGACCCCAGUUCACCUUCACUCACCUCGGCCAUGCCGCCAUGGUGCUUGCAUUACUGCGAGUCAGCCCCUUACCAGGAGAUGCCUCGGACGCCCUGUUUCUUUCUUCGCCCUUGCCAGUCAACGGGAGGCGAUACUCAAGUGGCAGCAAUGCAAGUAUUCGUUAUGGGUCGUGUCAGGCGGGCGCGUCGGUGGAAUUUGCACCACUCCGAUCGUACGCUGUCGAUGAGAGAAAUCCUGAAGCAGUCAGAAUGACACUCGCAAGCCUGGCUCAUCAUGUCAGAAACAGCUAUCAGCAUUGGCUGAAGAACGAGUUCCAAUUGGUCAUAGACCAGGUUAAGAGCAACUUUCUAGCGGGGUUUCUGGCAUCAGCGCCUUCGUCCUUCUCACCGACAAGCUUUCCGGCCUUCGUCAGUGAUGGCAUAGUCGACAACUACAUUCCAGGAGACGUUUUCGACUCCAGCGAUGAAAUGAUCUACACCGUGGAGAGUUGCAAUUUCCACCUGACGACUUAUUCCUCUGAUGUGUAA